AUGAGGGAAUCGAUGCGCCGCAUGCUGUGUUUACUGGUUCUUAUGUUGUGCUGCGCCUAUGGGUGUGUGUCGGUUACAGCUGCCCCUCAAACUGAACGUGAAUCUCACGCUGCUGGGUAUGGGAUUGGUAGCACUGGUCCGAAGCCCGCUUCUGAUACUCCUGGUGGCCUUGGGCCUCAGAUUGCUCCUGGAACGCCUCAUCCAGGUACUGGCGUUGCUGUUGUUGAGGUUAAUAAUAAGACUGGUUGUCCUGUCAAAGAUGGUAAGGUUAUUCCAUGCCUUCCUUGUAAAGCUGGAGUUAAUAGUACUGAUGAUGCUCCAUGUCUUCCCACUGAAACUUCGAGAUAUCAUGGCGUUGCUGAGUCUUAUGGCCAAGCUCUUAACUCUGAACGCGAUACUGUUCUUAAGCGUAAAAAAACGAAACCGGUUCAACGGACUGGAGAUGGACACGACGCAACUGAUGAGUCUUACUCUCAUGAGGAAAGUUUACUGUCACGUCCUGCUACUGUUGGUAAUCGUAAUCAUACCAAAGUUAAUACUACUGACGUUGCUGCUGCUGCUGUUCCUGGACACCCCGACCGUGUUCCUCCUACACCUUAUGUUGCUGCUGGUAAGGAAAAACACCCAGCUGUGCCUGGGACUGGUCCUCUGGGUACAGAACUUAAAUUUGGUGUUCCUGUUACCCCUCUGUCGCCUGUUUCGAAUACAUCAAAUGGUAAACCGUCAUUUCCCGGAGUUCAUUCUGGCGUUACAACCGAUUCUCCCGCUACAAGAACCGCUCAUAAGUAUCCCGAUAAACACGGUAAUCCACAAUUCCCCGGUGUGCAUAAUAAACUCCAUAUUGGUGGUGGUGGAACUCCUUCUUUUGCUGGUAAUCGUGGUCCUGCUCGUCCUCCUCGUGCAGAUGUUGAUGUAUCCGAGAGUAGUGAAGAAGUCUCAGCUCCCACGAAAACGCAACCUAAAGAGAAUAAUAAUCAGGCAGAGACUACUGCAGCACCUGCACAGAGUGAAUCACCAAAGAACACCCCCAAUACUCCCACUAAGGUGACGUCACCCGCAAUACCAACAAUACUGCAACCUCCUGUGCCUGCAAAGAGCGAGACCAAACCACCCAAGAAGCGUAAAGCAGACAGCAGCAGCAGUAUUGGUUCUGUGUGGGUGCGUGUACCACUACUGAUUGUGUCUGUGUUGGUCUCCGCUACUGUGUACUGA